AAGCAGUCCUCUUUCUUCCCUUUUGGCCUCAAUCAAAAUCUCUUUUUAUCAUUACUUCCUUUGUGCAAAAGUGCAUUAUUUCUUUUUCAUUCUCCAACUUAUCUCAACAACGACAAAUAGGAAAACGAUUUAAUGAGCAUUUCGCAAACUGACUUCCUUACUUUACCUUUGAAGAUACCCGAUUUGCUUAGGUGGGCCCCGGCUUUAACUAACUAUAUCACUAUCACUUAUGGUGAUACGAAAAAAUCAUACGAAGAGGAUUGUCAGCUUUUGGAUCAGUUGCGGCAGAGGUCGUUGAUAACACAACCAAGUGACGCCCCGUUGGCUUUAGAAGACCAUCGCAUAUAUUUGAAUCAAUUAACAUUCUUGGAAUCUCGUUUUCCUUUGAAGGUAAGAUAUAGGACAUCUUAAUGCAAAAAUACGUCGUUAAUUGAAGAAGAAAAACCCCCCUUUCGAAAACGAAAAGCUGGGUUUGAAGAUUGGCUGGUUCUCGAUCUUCGGAGCUCAGGAGAAGUCAGACGUUCUAGACAAUUUAAGAUAUGAAAAAGCG